AUAAUCUUAUUCCCUUGUGAACUUGUUUAAUCUUUUACAAAACAAAAAUAUUGAUUAGACUAACUUCAGUUAUUUUGAAAGAUUAUAUUCUAUUCGUCAUUCUUAAAAUGUACGCUCUAGAAUAAAAUGGUUGUUAUAUCAAAGCGGAACACAGCGUUUUUUCAACAUAGAUUUAGCGUUCAAAUGAACAGUUAUUAUUUCAUACGUUAAAAUAGCAUUGUAUGAAAAAUCGAAAAAGAUUCACGCGCUCAACGACAGAAUACUUACACAGUCACUUCAAGUAUAUAAUAACAUUGUUUAUAAUUGACUAGAGUUGUGAAUGUAGUGUAUGUACCGGUAUUGAACGUUUGACAGUGGAUUGGGCCGCCUGGUUUAUUUAAACAUUUAAUUAAAUGUAUGUGUCUGAUUUGUAACUGUUUCACAAAGGGAAGUGAGAAGAAAUGUGGCCUUCGUUCGUUUUGUUAUUUUUGUGUGUUACAAUUUCAAUUAAACAAGAUGUAAAUGCAAAAAUAGCGGAUAACGAUAAAUGGACUGAGCUUCAUGAAGCUGCCAAAAAUGGAAGCGUGGAUUGGGCAAAAAUACUGAUCGAACGAGGGGAAAAUGUAAAUUCAGAAAAUAUAAAUAAAACAACGCCACUCCAUGUAGCUGCAGAAAAUGGUAGGAAAGAUAUGGCCGAAUUUCUCAUCAAUCACGGAGCUAAUAUUAAUACAAAAGAUAUAGAUGAAAAGAUUCCCCCCGAUUUGGCUCGUCAAUAUGGUUAUGUUGAUUUGGCAAAAUAUCUUGAUGAAGAAAAAAUGAAAGCUUUGAGUGAAAAUGCGAAGCAAUCGAUUAAUUAUGUAUUGGCAGCCGCUGUAAUAUUACUCGGAUUUGCUGUUGUGAUAAUUCUAAUUUAUUUUCUACGUGAACGAAAGAGAAGCCAUCGUUUAAGAAAAAUUCUUCAAGGAAAUCCAUAUUUAACACUGAAUGCCCAUUAUUUGCCAUAUAAAAAAGACUAUGAAUUUCCCAUAGAAAAGCUUAAAAUCGGAAAGAUAAUUGCUUGUGGUACUUUUAAUGUCUACGAAGGAAUUGCAAAAGGAAUCUUAUCUGAUGAGGACGAAACCAAAGUUGCUGUCAAGAUGGUCAAAGAUGAUUCACCCAAUUGCGAAGUAUUAAUGGAAUUAGUGUCUGAAAUCAAAAUUUUGAUGCAUAUAACACAGCAUUUGAAUGUGGUGAACUUACUUGGAAUUGUCACCGAGAAUAUUGCCACUUCCCGAAUGAUGAUUAUUGUUGAAUACUGUGAUUACGGCAAUAUUAGGGACUUAUUGCGGAAUAAUCAUGAACGAUUCAUCAAUCAAAUUAACUAUGAAAAAGAUUCAAUUGAUUCAACUCUAAUGAAUGUAAAACACUCAACUGGCCACAGAAGUGAUAAUGAACAAGAUCAAGUAUUCGAAGGAGAUGAAGAAUCCUGCAUUGAUGAAUAUUCGGAUAGCUCUUCGCUUAGAAUGAAACUAUGCAAUGACUACUAUCCAAUGACAGAUCUAGUUGGAAACGAAUAUAUAAAGAUCGAUUCGAUUACGACGACUGAUUUACUUUGCUGGUCAUUUCAAGUAGCGCGAGGAAUGCACUAUUUAACUUCUCAGAAUAUUCUACACCGAGAUUUGGCUGCUAGAAAUAUUUUGCUGUGUAUAAAUAAUGUGGUUAAGAUUAGUGAUUUCGGAUUGGCACGGAGUUUGAGUAAUGAAAAAACAUACUAUCGUAAUAAACGUGAUGAAGAAAAAGUCCCAUUGAAAUGGGUGGCGCUCGAGUCACUAAGCGAAAGCAGGUACAGUGUACAUUCUGAUGUCUGGUCUUUUGGCAUCGUUUUAUGGGAGCUAUUUUCACUCGGAGCAGAACCAUAUCUUGGAGUAAAGGCGGAUACUUUUGACGAGCUAGAAAGCUAUUUAAAGCAUGGAGAGAGAAUGAGCAUACCAGAAUAUGCCACACAAUCUAUAUACGAUAUUAUGAUGUCAUGUUGGGACGCCGACCCCGAAUCGCGUCCAUUAUUCAAUUGUCUUGAGGAGAAAAUUUCUGGUCUUAUGGAACCUGAUGUUGUGCAACAUUUUAUCGAUUUAAAUGCGCUGCAAAUGGAAGAAAAUUUUGCAGUGAAGUGUACUAAAAUUCAUGAGAAAACUUCAAAUAAAAGAAGGAUAACAGACUUAUUUAAAAAAAGCCAUGCAUCAAAAAGGCCAUGCGUCUCUACUCAGUAUGACGAACACCCAACGACGAUCGCAUUAGUCCAUGAAUCAAAUACACAAGCCUACAAUCCAGAGGAAGAAGAGAGAAUGGAAAUUGAAGAGAAUCAAGAAAUAAUGGAAGUAGACUAUGAAUCGAUUGCGAAAGAUUAUAUUUCGGUACACGUCAAUUCUUUUGCAGGAGAACAAGAGAAAAUGGACGUAGAUAGUCCAGUAUUGAAUGAUUCGCACUCUCUUCCUUUUCAAAUUUAUCAAUUUUCACCAGAAAGUCUCAAAUACAAAAAACGGGUUGGUGCUGGUCAUUUUGGUGUAGUCUACGAAGGAUUUGUACAUCGUAAUUUGACUAAUGGCCUUAAAAAAGUUGCUCUCAAAAAGUUGAAUGGAAAUUCAGAUGUCGUACACAAAGAUUUUAUAUCUGAACUGGAGAUUAUGAACUGUUUGGGUCCGCAUUUAAAUGUCGUGAAUUUACUUGGAAUCCUUACCAUGUACAACAUUGAACAACGAGAGUUGAUGAUUGUAAUGGAAUAUUGUGAAUAUGGUAAUAUCAAAAAACUAUUAGAGACUAAUAGCGAACGUUUUAUUGACCAAAUGAAUCAUGAAAAUAAUACGAUUGUUUCAACUAUAGCAACACAAAACUUUGAACACUCGGGAUAUGUCCCAAGACUGGGGCAUUUUUUAGUUGAUAGAAUUACGACGACCGAUCUUCUUUUAUGGGCUCUCCAAGUGGCGCAAGGGAUGCAUUAUUUAACAUGUAAAAAGGUGCUACACAGAGAUUUGGCAGCGAGAAACAUCUUAUUAUGUGCCAAUAAUGUCAUAAAAAUUUGCGAUUUUGGCAUGGCCAAAAGUUUGUUAAAUAGUGACAAUCUCUACACUAAUAAUAGUCAAGAAGCAGUUCCAUGGAAAUGGUUAGCUCUCGAAGCAUUACAACAAAAUAAGUAUAGUGUAUAUUCAGAUGUGUGGUCUUUUGGAAUUGUCCUUUGGGAAAUAUUUUCACUUGGAUCAGAGCCAUAUGAGAAUGUGAUCGGAUUUGCCGAUUUGGCUAUAAAAUUGUACGAAGGUUAUAGAUUGAAGAAACCAAAAUUUGCCACACAAGCUAUAUACGAUAUAAUGUUUUCAUGUUGGAAAAAAGAAUUCAAAUCGCGUCCAUCAUUUGAGACACUUGGAGUGGAGAUUUAUAAGCAGUUACAAGAAGUGAACACUGUUAACUUUGUUAACACAAUUAAUUUACACUAGUACGUACAUUACUGACUCGAUCUGAUGGUGGUAAAAAAUAAAACUAAACUUCAUUGAAGAGAUUCACAGUUUACACUGAUCCAAUUGAUGAAUGGACGCGAGCAUUUUAUCAUUUAUUGUAAGGUUUCAACGAAUUCCAUUGCACCGAAAGAAAACAAUUUGAAAGCUCUUUUCAUUUUGCUAUAUUAUUUAUUUUCUUUGUAAUGAUAAGAAAAAUUGUAUAGAAGCAAUCAAUUCAUUAAAUAUUAAAGUCAGAAACCUUUUCUUCGACCCUCUCGACCUAUUCUUCUAUAGUAUAGUACCAUUAGAUUGUCACAAAAGUUAUAAGAAUACGUGAAUUCAUUUCAAAAAUAGGUAUACAGCAGCUUGACUUUAAUCAAUUUUAAUAAUAUUUAUUGAAA